UGUACUGUAAAGGGCUCUAUAUGCGUAAAGAACUUUGGAAGCAUGCGAGACGCUGCACAUCUAACCCUGAAAGAGACACGCAGAAGACUUCAAGAGCUGUCUUGGGUUUGGCAGCUUUAUCCGAAUGCCCGCAUUUAAAACACAUUUCAGAAGACGUGAAGAAAAUGCUUUGUGAUUUGCAUCAGGAUGAAGUUGCACAGACCAUCCGGAAUGACGAGUACAUCUUGAAACUGGCACAAGAUUUCUUCGACAAGAAGGGCAAUAGCAAAGAAAGACACGCAUUUGUUAGACAGACCGUUAGAUGCAUUGGAAAGUUUUUGCUCCUUUUGCGCAACAAAUUUGCGAUAAGGAACCUAGCAGAGGCUAUAAAACCCUCCAGCUUUUCACUGGUUACUGAAGCAGUCAAAGAAAUUGCUGAAUUUAAUGAGGAAAAAAAAUGCUUCGCAAUACCAAGCCUUGCACGCAGAAUUGGAUUGGCUUUGAGGAAAUACUGCGUCUUAAGUGCACGGAAAGCAUUUGUAAUUGGAGACAAAAUACUAAUCCAGGCAACCGGCACAUUUAUGGAGCUUUUUAAUAAAGCACAAUCUCAGUUCGCUUUAGGCGAACAAAGACACUUAGGCGUACAGUCCAAGUCUUUUUUACUGCCAUUUGUCGACGAUGUGAGAAUAUUUCACUGCUAUCUGGAAAAGGCUGCACAGUGUGCAACGAAGGAACUGAGGGAAACCCCAUCUGCUCAGAGUUAUGCUGACCUUUGCAAAGUGACCCUGGCACAAAUCCUGAUGUUUAAUCGCAGACAUGGAGAAGUCUCGCAGAUGACCAUCAAAAGCUUCCAGGAGAGGGAUCUGGUGCAGGCUCCUGAAAGCUCUGAGGCACUAACAGAACUGGAAAAGGUGUUUUGUGAAGACUACUGCAAAAUCUUGGUUAGACAGAAAAUAGGCGCAUUCGUACCGAUUAUUUUAACUCCAGACAUGGUCAACGCGCUUAUGCUCCUGACUGAAAAGAGAGACCAAUGCAGUGUCUUCAAAAGCAACAUCUAUGUGUUUGGUCAACCCAGAAGUAACAGGUGCUACAGAGGAGAAAAUGCCCUGCGGAUCUGCGCCAAUGAGUGUGGCGCGAUGGAUCCAGAUAGGCUGACAUCCACCAAGUUCAGCAGACACAUUUCUACACUCUGCCAAGUCCUCACCUUGAAGAACCAUGAGCUAAAGAAGCUGGCCAAGUUCAUCGGCCAUGAUAUAAGCCUGCGUAAAGAAUACUACAGGCAAACUGAGGCCAUGCCUCGCUUGGCCAAAAUCUGCAAACUUAUUUUGGCCAUCGAGAAGGGAAGUGCAGCUGAGGUGCUUGGACAGUCUCUAGAUGACAUUGCAUUACCAGUUGUGAUCAGCGAGAGUGACAGUGAAGAUGAAUAUUUCGAGGAAGACGAUGCAUUUCUCCAAGAUCAGGAGGCAAGACGUGAACUUGCAUUACAUCUGUUAUCUAAGAAAAUGGAGACCAUCCCUAAAACCCCUAAGAAAAUUUGUAAUGUACCUGCUCCAAAACACAAGAAACAGGAAAAUGAAUCUACAUCUAAAGAACAGUCAAAUGAAUCUACAGAUAAGGAACAGAAAAAUGAAUCUACAGAUAAGGAACAGGAUACAACUGAAGAGCCUAAAGCAGGAAAACCUGCUCAGCAGCAGGCUGAGCAGCAACUCAAUGUACUCAUGAAAAAAGUACUAUGGACAAGAGAAGAGAAGAUUGCAAUCAUGAGGCAUUUCAAAAAACACAUUUACUAUGGAAGACUGGCUACGAUAAAGGAAUGUCGACGCUGCCAAAUGAUGGAGCAACCUGUACUGAAUGGUAGAACUAUACAGAAAAUCAGAGACUUUGUAAGAAAUGCUGGGAUUUCUUUCAUGAGGAAGAUGACAGCUAAACAUUAUGUGAAGAAGAACGUUGCCUUACCUCCCCAACCAGCAAAUCCAAAUAGCACAGGUGUUCAAUCUCCUCAAUCAGCAAAUACUUCAACAUUUAGUGUACUGUCAUCUCAAACAGCACACCCUACCAGCUCUAGUGUCAUACCGUCUCCAACAACUAACUUCAAACCUGUUAUAGAUUUAUCUCAAACAGCAAAUGGUACUACUACAACACUACCCCCUCAAGCAGCAGUCUUAACAACCUCUAAUGUAGUACAUCCUCAAACCACCAAACUCAUGUACAUUAAAGUACAAGCCCAGCAUUCAGCAAACCACACCAUUCCUAGCUUAACACUUCCAUCUCAAGCAGCAAAUCCAAGCAUAAUACCUGCAGGUAUAGUACUGCCUCAAACAGUAAACCCAAGCAUCUCCAGAGCUGAUAUACUAACGAUACCUCAAGUAGCAGACUUGGCCAACUCCAGCAUCGUAAUACCACAAGUACCAAACCACACAGAUUCUAGUGUACUACCUUCUCAGGCAGUGCCCCUAAUAUGUGCAGGUGUACUAGUGCCUCAAGCAGCAAACCCAGCAAGUUCUACUACAGCACCUCCUCAAAUAGCAGUUCUAAAAUGUACAAGUGUACCAUCCCCCCAAGGUGCAGGUGCAGAUCCAGAUAAAUCAACACCUCCAGCACAAGCAGCAAAUCUGUCUAACUCUAGCACUUGAACUUCUCAAACAGCAACUCUAUCAUACCACCCCUAAAAACGCUUUUAUCUAAUUCUAAUGUACGACAACAUUAAGCAGCAAACUCAAGAAGCUAAAGUAGCUAACUUCAUUAACAGCAUGCAAAGCCACCAAUCCCCACAUGUUCAAGGAUACUUUACCAGACAGCUCAUAUCUGCAAGAACAUUACAUUAACCAAUAAAUCCAAACUUUGAUAGCUAAAAAACAAGAUCACCCCCUCAAAUAGCAUACGCACAACUGUGCAAAUGAUCUAUCCCUUCAAUCCAGCAAAUUCAACCACUUCUAAUGAACUAACUCGGUGAGCAACUUGUCCAAUCAGCUCUAAUGUAUUCCUUCCUCACACACAAAAAAGGAAAAGUUAUCCAACUCUAGCUGUUUACCUUCUCAAACAACAACUUUAAGCACUUCAGUCAAACUACCUCAAACAGCAUAUCUAACCAAUUCUAUUGUUGUACCAGCCAAACCCAAGUAUUUCAGGUUCAACAGCUAGACAUCUAAACCAGCUAUCAACAGCUAAAACAUACCAUCAACAUUUCAAACACCACUCAGCCACUCCCAGAGAACACAGGUUCUAGGCUUGGGCAGCAAGCCUACCAUGUGCAAGUGUACCAACCACUCAAGGGGCAGGUCUAAUUAAGUCCAGCAUACUAACUCCACAAGCAGCAAAAAUAACCAACUUUAUAGUUUUACCUUCUCAAACAGCAACUCGCCACUUCAAUCACACCACUUCCCUCAACAAACUCAGCUAGAUCAAGUGUAUUAAAACCUUUACUUUGAGCAUUGUAUUAGUAAUUCUAUAUAGUGCUUAUUGUUUAUCAAAACUGAUUUGAGGGAAGAUGUUUUUCCCUUUAUGUAUCAUGGGGCUGUUACAAAACUGUAUAAUAAAACUUGCUGUAAAUUUCAAAGUCUUUCCAGUUUGGUCA